AUGGCUCAGCCGCUGGCAGUUGAGGUUGCGGAAAGUGCUGAUGAAGCAUCUCCACGUUCGCGGCCAGUCAAUCGUGCGACCAAAGCAUUCUGUAAGAAUUGCAAGAACAACGUAGGAGACUUUUACAACUCCUGGUACAAGGUCACCGGUAGCUACUACGUCCCUGCGCUUCUGGGCUCUUACAGUUCUACCUUGCAACCCAUGGGCAAAUUAAAAGCGGCGUCAAAGGACACCGAAUUAGCAGGAUGUGGACGAGACUUCUUCAAGCUGGGUCGCAUCGAAUUGCGAUGCGAAAUAGCAACAAAUCAAUUCAUUGUGGUCGAACCUGAGAUCGACACCUCAUCGGAUUUGUUAGCGAAUGAAGAUACACCCAGUCCGUCCUCGUCGGUUGCAACACCAAACGCAUUGUCGGCUGAGGCCAUGGAGAUCGAUUCGCGUGCACCAUCUGUGGAGCAUGCAGAUCAAUUUCGCGGUCGGUACGAGCAAUCUCAGGAUCGUGACAUAUUACAACAGAAACCGUUGCAGCCUAUCGAAGGCAGCAGGCAGUCAGUAAUAGCACCACCGUCUAGGCACUCCCCUUCGAUACGAGAUUCUCCAUACGUCGUGACGAAAGAUAUGACAAAAGGUUCACUGCAGUCGUCUUCAUCCUAUCAUCAAGGGGCUCAUGGGUCUCGUAGAGGACCUGACGUUGACUCAACGAGCGGUCAGUUUGGAGCUCCAACACUGACCCCUCAAGACCGGUCUACUACAGAAAAGCCUCAAACAAACGGCCAUCAGUACCCUCGUUUACCACAGGAUGUCGGUAUAGACGCUAUGGCGCGUCUACAGACGCAGAUGUCUCAAAAUAGUGGUGCCUUAGCUGCGCACACUCGCGACAUAAGAAUCGGCCAGGAGGCGGUUGGAGCAAUGGAAGAAACAAUCAGAGAAUUUCAGGCCAAGUUCAUUCGACAAAGUGCCGAUAUCCAAAGAAUCGAGAUGCUGGCUACGAGGCUCCAGAGCGAGAUGCAGGGCAUCCGCCAUACGAUGGAAUCCAUUAACCAUGAGUUACAGGCAAGUCGGAUGCAGAGACAGUCAGCUAACUCGGCUGUGCCUCCUGCGGCCCCAUCUUUUGCGGCUCAAAGUUCAGCAAUGGAGCUUCUCGCGCGGCAGUUGAAUGAAGUGUCGCAUAAGACGAGUGACCUAGACAACUUGAAGCUCCAUAUCGAAAUCAUGAAGGAUAAAAUCUAUCGACUCGAAGAGCGCGCCGCACCCGAGCCUUCACAAGCACCGCCGUUUAUGUAUCAGACGCCACAAGUAUCAGUGGCGCAGCCUUCGCAACUUGCUCCUACCACCGCUACAUCACACCAAAGCACACCAACAUUGACGCUGAGUAACAGAGCAUCUCAGCCCGUAUCCAAUGGUCAGUCUCAGCAGUCUUCAUUCGGAGCUCCUUCGACAACGGCUGCCACACCGGGUGUUCAGCCUACAAGUAGCCAGGCUAGUGGAUGGGCUACUGUUAAUGCAGGUGUGAAACGGACCCAUCAGAAUGGCGUUGAGACUCCGCAGGGAGGCAAUGUUCAUGCGCCCGAACCUACCAAAAGGCAGAGAUUAGUGGACGAUAGUACUUCGGGCUACACAUCUUCACAGCAAACGCCUAUGACAGAUCAUCGCCUCCAAACACCUGCACAUAUAAUACCGUCUCAGCAAACUGCUCCCGAAUCAACGCAUGGAUCGCAAUCGCAACAAUCAUACCACGUCCCACACGCCACACAAGAUGGUCCUUCGGACGCCAGUUGGCAACCCGAGUCUCAGCGCACGAUCGAGCAUCGACCGCGUGGGCGUCCACGUGGUAGCGGAGGUCCUGGAAGCCGGGGCGGUAGAGGUAGAAAGAGCAUGCCAGCCCAGCUCCACAGUACACUCGGAACACCUGAAUGGGAAAGGGAUGAUUGGCAAGGUGUUCCGGAUUCGCAGACCGGUCCAGCUGGAUACUACAACCACGUAGGGCAACCAGGACGUGGAGGCAUUGCACGCCGCGGUAGUGGUGGCGGUGGUGGUCGUGGCGGCUACGCAACCAGCGACCGUGCUAGCAGUCUAGGUCUACAAGGUGUGACGGGCGCUAUGAGCUUUGGAUCACCCGGCGACCCAUAUGGGUCGGGAAAGAAGACGCGCACCAAACCCAUUAGGAACGCAGAUGGCGUGUUGAUACGUAAAGAUGGCCGGCCAGAUAUGCGUUCGCAAUCUUCUGCGGCUAAUCUCCGCAAAGUACACGAGCGCAAAGACGGUCAAGCAAGUCACUCACCUACAGGCUCGAGCUUCACGCCUACCAACCCCCAAUACGCGAUUUCGGCACAGGCGCCAGACACACCAAGCCCAAGUGGCUACGCUGCCGACCCAAGCGCGACCGAUAAACACAACGCCAUAAUGGGUAAGAUGUUUCCUGAUGGUAUCGACGCAGCACGAAGGAAACAAGACUAUACACGUCAAGUUUUUGAAGAGAAUCGCGAUCAUACCGCGCAUCCACGAUCACGGAACAGUGGCCCGGCAACGAGGACGGCGGUUCAGAUUAAGAAGGAGCAAGUUGACCGGAACAGAAUUUCUAGGACGCGAAGUCCGCAAGAGCAAGACGCAGACGUAGAUAUGGAUGGAGCUGAGGAUCAUGCGGAUGAUGAGCGUCAGACAUCUGAUGAGAGUAGCAGUCGUGUCAGAGGUGGUGCGCAGUCGGCAGUUCAGACUCAGGAUACGACUAUGCAGGAGAAUAGUAGCACCCGAGCUCCUUCACAGACUGUUCUAGAGACGCAGGCCGUCGAUAGCUCGGUUACGAUUGGAGCGGGGUCUACCCAGACUCAGUAG